AUGUCAGCAAAUAGAGAGCAGGUUUUCCCAACACGUAUGACCCUGGGGUUAAUGAAAUCAAAAUUGAAAGGAGCGAAUCAGGGUCAUUCUCUGUUAAAAAGGAAGUCAGAGGCAUUAACGAAGAGGUUUCGUGAGAUUACCAAAAGAAUUGAUGAAUCUAAGCGUAGAAUGGGGACGGUGAUGCAGACAGCUUCGUUUUCGUUAGCGGAAGUUACAUAUGCUACUGGUGAAAAUAUUGCAUACCAAAUUCAAGAAAGCGUUGCCAAUGCUAGAUUUAAAGUUGGAACCCGUACUGAGAAUGUGAGUGGUGUAUAUUUACCGUUGUUUGAAUCCUCUAUUGAUUCGGUCAUCAACGAUUUUAAGUUGACAGGUUUGGGACGUGGUGGCCAACAAGUCCAGCGUGCUAAGAACAUUUAUACGAAGGUUGUCGAAUCAUUGGUUCAUUUAGCAUCUUUACAAACUGCGUUUGUUAUUUUAGACGAAGUUAUUAAAGUGACAAAUCGACGGGUGAAUGCUAUUGAACAUGUAAUUAUUCCUAGGACUGAAAACACCAUCGCAUACAUCAAUUCUGAAUUGGAUGAACUAGAUAGAGAGGAAUUUUACCGGUUGAAGAAGGUUCAGGAAAAGAAGCAAAAGAAAAGCGCUGCUUUAGACGCAGAAUUAAAGGCGAAGGCUUUAAAUGCUGCUAAUAAGUUGGAAGUCGAAAACACUGAUUCGGGUAUUGAUGCUAGUGGUACUGGGGGCCCUAUUAAUGAAGAAUUACCUUCGACUACUUCUCACACCCAGGCUGGUCAAGAUUUGGUUACGGAAAGGGAAGAUGAUGUCAUAUUUUAG